AUGGGGGGGGGGGGUAAGUGUGAGGGCAGCUGAUCUUUCCCAUCAUGCACCUGAGCAGGGCAAUAGGUAGAGCACAUAGUCACACCAGGGGAAAGAAAAGGGAUGCAUGUAUAUCCCAUCAUGCAACUGGGGAGAGAAAGGGGCAGCAGAUGUAUCCCAUCAUCCACCUGGGGAGAGAAAGGGGCAGCAGAGCUAUCCCAUCAUGCACCUGGGGAGGGAAGGUGCCAUCACAUAUAUCCCAUCAUGCACCUGGGGAGAGAAAGGGGCAGCAGAGCUAUCCCAUCAUGCACCUGGGGAGGGAAGGUGCCAUCACAUAUAUCCCAUCAUGCAACUGGGGAGAGAAAGGGGCAGCAGAGCUAUCCCAUCAUGCACCUGGGGAGGGAAGGUGCCAUCACAUAUAUCCCAUCAUGCAACUGGGGAGAGAAAGGGGCAGCAGAUCUUUCCCAUCAUGCACCCGGGGAGGGAAGGUGCCAUCACAUAUAUCCCAUCAUACACCUGGGGAGGGAAGGUGCCAUCACAUAUAUCCCAUCAUACACCUGGGGAGGGAAAGUGCCAUCACAUAUAUCCCAUCAUGCACCUGGGGAGAGAAAGGGGCAGCAGAUGUAUCCCAUCAUGCACCUGGGGAGGGAAGGUGCCAUCACAUAUAUCCCAUCAUGCACCUGGGGAGAGAAAGGGGCAGCAGAUGUAUCCCAUCAUGCACCUGGGGAGGGAAGGUGCCAUCACAUGUAUCCCAUCAUGCACCUGGGGAGAGAAAGGGGCAGCAGAGCUAUCCCAUCAUACACCUGGGGAGGGAAGGUGCCAUCACAUAUAUCCCAUCAUACACCUGGGGAGGGAAAGUGCCAUCACAUAUAUCCCAUCAUGCACCUGGGGAGAGAAAGGGGCAGCAGAUGUAUCCCAUCAUGCACCUGGGGAGGGAAGGUGCCAUCACAUAUAUCCCAUCAUGCACCUGGGGGGAGAAAGGGGCAGCAGAGCUAUCCCAUCAUGCACCAGGGGAGCCUCUCUCUGAUAUUGGCUCCUCACAGGGGCCCAGGAUCCCUGCUCCUCUCUAACAUCUGUCUCCCCCAACUUUCCUGCCCUUUUUCUCUCUAAGGCUGACACUUCCCAAGGUGGGGGCUCCGUGCCCCUUGGCGUCUCUCUGUGCCACAAUGAUCGCCAUGGAUACAAAGCGAGCGGCUGAUCCUGACCCUGGAGGCCAUUUCCUUCCUGACUGGAGAGGUACUAAGGUGCUUACAGCGCCAUUCUGAGGGUUGGAAUUGGAAGCGCAAGAGAACGGACGGCUGCAGUUGGGAGAUUCUCCUUAUAAAGCGUCACUGUGUAUGAGGGAAAUAUGCGGCCAAACGGGGGCCACAAGUGCCAGGGCCCAGGAGCGCAUUUAAAUGAGCUGAAGAGGAGGAUGAACAUCUAGAGAGAACCCUGGGGCAAAACAAAGG